AUUGGUACUAUUUACACAUACAGAGCUGUAGAAUAUAAGCCAGGUCACCAUCCUAUGAGACACACACACUAUCCCAGCCAUGAGGUGCUCCAUGCAGCUGAGCUUCUAUAUACUUCUUUCUCUCUUCUUCAUUUGUCACUCCUAUGUAGUGGAAUGGACAUACCAAGAAGGAGAGGUGGAUGAAGCAAACUGGGCAAAAAAGUAUCUGCUAUGUGGAGCAAAACACCAAUCUCCCAUUGACAUCCAAAAAAAGAAGGUUGUAUACAACAACAAAAUGUCCUUAUUUGAACUUGAAGGGUAUGAUGGGCCAUUGCAUGGAGAUUUCACAAUCACCAAUAACGGUCAUUCAGUGCAGAUACAACUACCAUCCUCAAUGAAAAUUAGGAAAGGGCUCCCCCAUGUGUACACUGCAGUACAGAUGCACCUACACUGGGGUGGCCUUGACCUGGUUGACCUGGAAACUAGCGGCUCGGAGCAUACUAUUGAUGGAAUGAGGUACAUGGCAGAGCUGCACAUUGUGCACUAUAACUCAGAGUUAUACAGUAGCUUUGAUGAGGCCGCGGAUAAGCCGAAAGGCCUUGCUGUACUUGCAUUUCUUUAUGAGGAUGGACACUAUGAAAACACAUACUAUAGUGACUUAAUUUCCAAACUUGCUACAAUUCGCUUUGCAGGCCAAGUGACCAACGUAAAAAGUCUUGAUCCCCUGGCAAUGCUUCCUGAAAACUUGGACAACUUCUAUCAUUACCAGGGUUCCCUGACGACUCCUCCCUGUACAGAGAAUGUGCUAUGGACUGUGUUUGACUCAAAAGUGAUUCUGUCUCAAGAUCAGAUCAAGCUCCUGGAAAACACUCUGUUAGAUUGGCACAAUAAAACCUUACGUAAUGAUUAUCGCCAUGCUCAGCCUCUCAAUGACCGUGUUGUACAGUCAUCCUUCAAAGUAAAAAUGCCAAAAGGUGACGUAUGUCAGCAUGAUAUCAGCACUAAACUGACCCUGAUUGAGACUGAACUUCUAGAUGUGAAGAAACAAAUGGCAACUGAUCCUCUGAAGGGCCGAUUAGGUGCUUCUGCUCUACGGUUGUAUCCAUCUUUCCACUUUUCCAAGAAGUACCCAGCUUGUUAUGUUGAAAUCCAGCUGUCAAAACCUCUCCAGCUGACCAAGUUCACGCUCUGCUCGUGGAUAAAAACCAAACCCGAAGGCACCCAAAAAGUAUUUUCCUACUCCACUACAAACUCUGAAAACGAGCUUGUCCUUGGUGUAGGGUCUGAUGUUAGGCUGUGGGUGGGAGGUACACUGGUUGACUUUAAUAUACACCAUACAACUGAAGACUGGGUGCAUUACUGUUUGCGCUGGGACUCAGACACUGGAAGAACAGAUCUCUUUGCGAAUGGCCUGCAAGGCAAGGAGAAGAUUGCCCAGAAAGGGUACACAGUGAAGCCAGGAGGGGUGGCUCUUCUGGCAAAGGAACGCUUUGAGCUUAUGGGAAUAUAUAACAAUGGUUUCUACGGAAAGAUAAGUCAUCUCCAUCUUUGGAGUCAUCUACUGAGUGCUGAAGAGAUAAUGUCUUUAAGCAAGUGCCAAACUUCCGGUCUGAAAGGGGAUAUCAUAUCCUGGGGGGAGACUACCAUGAUCAUAGCAGGAGGUGUUAUUAUUGAGCCAGAUAACAGCUGUUGGUAAACUAGCCUUUUAUAAUCUAGAAACAUUUCCAGACACUGAUUUUAAAGCGGGGGUUCACCCCAAAAAAAAAA